AUGGCGCCUCCGGGGCUGCGGCCGCUGGCCGCGGGCGGCCCGCCGCGGCUGCGGACGCUGGGCGCAGCAGCUCAGGUGUACGUACACCUCAGCAGCCGCGCCCGCGCGCUGCAGCAGCAACUCUUCGGAUUUGCAAAAGGACUUCCUGGAGAAUCUGCGUGGCUGAAACCCUUAAAAGGAAAAGAAAUGAAGGAGUAUUACUGGCCCAGCAAGUUCGACCUCCCCAGCUUCUCCGUGCAGCAGUACUUCGAGAUGCAGGCGCUGCGGUACGCCCCGAAGCAGACGCACCCUGCGCUGCUGGCCCUUUCUCGUUUGCUGCUGCUGCUGACUCAGAAGCAGCAGCAAAUUAAAAAGCUGCUGCAGCAGCUCGACGCAGAACUGCUCGCCGAAAACCCUACUUUGCAAGACCUGCAUGCGCUCUACAACUCCCUCUUCUUUGAUGAUCCUCUUAGCGGCGUGGUGCCGCAGCAAAGGCCCUGGCGGUGGACAGACAAGAUGCAGCCCGAAGCGCUUCUCGCUUUGCUGGAGAGGUCUGCCAACAUGGAGGGGAAGGUGGAGGAGUUUGAACAAAACCUCAGAGAGGCCACCGAAUGCCACUAUAAGGCCCCCACCUUCCCGGGACCUCCCAGUGCAGCAGCAGCAGCAGCAGCAGCAGCAGCAGCAGCAGCAGCAGCAGAGGAGGCAGCCGGGGACGACAGAGCCGUGGCUCGGUCGCGGCUGCUGUGUCGCGCUGCUGAAGCUGCAGCAGCAGCUGCUGCAGCCCCCCCAGAAGCAGCAGCAGCAGCAGCAGCAGCAGCAGCAGGUCCAGCAGCAGCUGCUGCUGCGGGGCGCAGCAGCAAAAGAGCUGCUGCGCCUCCGAGGGGCCCCGUGGCGCUGGGGCUGCUGCAGGGCCGCGGGGUGUACGUACACCGCGUGCUGCUGCGGGGGCCGCUGGGGCGGGCGGAGGCGCAGCAGCAGCAGCAGCAGCAGCAGCAGGCGCAGCAGCAGCUGCAGCAGGCGCUGCAGCAAGCCCCGCAGCUAGCUAGCUACCUGGCAGCUAGCCACCGCUUCCUAGAUCCUCUCUUCAAAAGAAAAAGACUUUCUUUUCUCGACAGACUUUCCAGAAGAAAAAUAAAAAGCGAAAAAGAAAUUCAACUCAAGUCCCAGGUGUACGUACACCCCGCAGACGCCCUGCCCUCCUUCCCCACCAACAAGGGCCAACUCGCCCGCCGCUGGCCCUCCCCCUUCCACUAG